CUCUCUAUUCUAAUAAAAUGAAAUACCGUUUAGUCGUUGACUACAACAACCAACAUCGCCUCCAAUGAAAGCGAGGCAGUGUAAACACAAGUCCAGGAACAUGAAAAGAUCGGGUGACAGUGAGGGGGAGAAGAGAAGAAAGAGGCGAAAGCUACUGCAGGAGUUGGGAGACCAGAAGAUUCCCUUUCUGGGACCCUCAGAUCGGGGCUAUCAGCAACUGUGGGACUCCAGUUACUCCGGCCUGGUUCUGAGGAGAUCCUGCUCGCUGCCCGUUGAGCUCCAUGGCCGGGUGCAGGCAGCUCUGCUCACUCUGAGAAGUAAGGGCUGCCUCCUGAGGGAUUUGGUCCGCGUCCGUGACCGAGAUGUAUUCACCGCGGUUUCCCGGGCUCUGCUGGGUGAGCCGGGCCACACCUAUCGUUAUCUAGACACACGGCUCUUUGCCAUCCCCUGGCACAGUGAGGACUUGGAGGUCAAAGGACAAAACUGUUGUGACCCUGACUUGAGGGCUGCAUGCAAGGCAUUGUGCGAGCUUAACACCUACUUCUGCUCUGAUGUGUCUCAGCUGAAGGAAGGAGACAGGCUGACACAAUGUGCGAAGGGGGAUGCAGAAACCAAACAGGGUGAAGAGGGCGAAACAGGCUCUAAACACAGCGAAGACUCCAAGAACAGUGAAGGAGGGGACUCAGAGUCCCGACAAAGUGAAGAGGGGGACACAGAGUCCAAGCACAGUGAGGAGUGGGACAUUGAGUCGAAACACAGUGAAGAAGGUUGCUCUGGGGCAAAACAAGAAGGAGAAUGGGAGACAGAGUCCAGACACAGCAGCGAGGAGGGGGAGUCCUCCCAGGUCAAACCAAGUGACGUGGGCGUCACAGGGGGGUCAGAACACAGUGAAGGGAAACUUCCUGGCUGGGCGCCUAAGGCCUUCCCUGCUGCAGAGAAUAAACCUGCGGGACUAGGGGCCCAGGAGAAACCUGUGGCCCAACUUAAGCACAGCUUGUCAGAUUACCACAUUGAGGACAGGGAUAAACAGGAAAGUGGGCAGGGGUGUUCCCAACCGAGUCCUCCGCAGGUAUGCACCGGUCCGGUCAAGUUCAAUGUCACCUUACUCAACUACAUGGACCCGGCAGCUAUGAGCCAACUCAAAGAGGAGCCUUACUAUGGCAUGGGGAAAAUGGCGGUAGGGUGGCACCACGAUGAGAACCUCAUCAGUCAUUCGCCAGUGGCUGUUUACAGCCACAGCUGUCACGAUGAGAAAGGUGAGAGCAGUGAGGGAGGCAGCGGUGAGAAGGCAUGCUGGAGGAUUGGACUCAAGGUAGCCUGGGACAUCCACACACCUGGCCUGAUGCUGCCAUUGGAGUCUGGAGACUGCUAUUACAUGAGAGAUGACCUGAACAGUACCCACCAGCACUGUGUCCUGGCUGGAGAGACCGCACGUUUCAGCUCCACACACAGAGUGGCCGAGUGUUCCAGUGGGACCCUGACCUACAUCCAGUCUCGGUGUCAAGAGGCCCUGUCCAACCUGCACACUGACCCAGAGACAGGCUCCCACAGCCUGCUGGCCCUGCUGCCGACAACGCUACAGCACAGUGAGGAGAUUCACAAUGAGGUGGAGUUCGAGUGGCUACGGCAGUACUGGUUUCAGGGCCAGCGCUUCGCCCGAUUCUGCAGCUGGUGGACCAGACCGAUGGAGCAGCUGGAGAAGGACUGGAAGCUCAUGGAGACGAUGACUAUGCUCCUCCUCAAGACAGUGGAGGAGGAGGGCCAGGAAGGAGAGGGAAGGAGGGAGAUGGCAGAAACCCUGCUGUCUUCUUUGACAGACAGACACCAGCAAAGACAGACAUGGAGAGACAGGUGCCACUCGAGUCUGGCCCAGACAUUACCCCCUGAGGAGGCCCCAGUAGACCGGCCCUUCUGGGGUGUGGAUGACCCCAGCAUGCCUCUGCCCUUUGAUCUGUCUGACAUCAUCAACAGAGUGGAGUCACUGCUCUGGAGGUGGGCCCGAUAUGGUGAAGUGUGGAAAUUUGCUUAUGCACACAUUGGAUACAUACAUAGCUGAGGCAGCAUGCAUUCAUUCACAGGUUGCAACUUGUCUAUUCAUUACUCACCCAUGAUGUAAUGGUAAUUUUAUUAUUACUUGGGAAAAAAAAUACACAGACACAUAUAGAAACAUAGAUAGUAUUUGCAUGUUGUGCAUGCCAAGCGACAUGUGCCAAAAAAAAAACUGUCCCAAGGUCUGAGCAAACGGUAUGUCCACUUAGGGACACUGUGGGGCCCCUAAACGAAUAUGAAAAGCCAAUGAAUUACUGUGAAUGACAACCACUUUUUUAAAUUUGUCUUUCAGUUCGGAAGCUGCUCUCUGAAAAAGUUUGUCCUGUCCUUGAUGACUUCAUGUAGAGAUACACAAAACACACACCUGCUGUCACACAUAUGUUAUAUUUUCCACCUAACUGCUCUGCAAGUUCUACCACAGACUCUAAUGGUAGAUAUGAUCCUCUGUGCAGCAUCUUAAUGAGGGUUGAAGUUAAAGAUGCCAUGUUAUGAUGAAGUAGUAUUUCCCAAUUGCAUGCAUACCUUAUGCAACAGUACAUGCUUUGUAAGAGCAGCUGCAGUACAUACUAAAAGCAAUGAGUAAAAAUAUGUGAUUUGGAACGCAGGCUACACUCUAACCUUUACCAACUUCUUUUCUUCCCCAACAGGAUGUGAAGGAUGGAUAAAUGAAGUGAGAAAGAAAGACAAGAAAAAAACCCACCAGCUUUUCUGAAUGGCCCCCACAUCAUCUGCGGGGAUGGACCACUGAAGACACCUCUGUUGUGAUCCCACCAAGAUUGAUUUCCUUUUGAUUGGUUCACUUACACCCCCCACCCGCCCUUACUCCACCCUCCACUACCCCACCUGACCCCCAGCAUCUCAGCCACCCAGCUCGGAGUUGGCUAGAAGGAAUCCAGAGCACCAUGAUAGAACCAGAAUAGUGCUUCAGUAACAUGCUAACAAAGCAAGCUUAGCGACAAGCUUCUAGUGUCACAACGGUCUAACGAAACAUAAGUGGAACCUGCAUUUCAGUGUUAGCAUACAUUGUGUAACUAUUUAUUAUUUCAGUGUAUUCUUUUACUUAAUCUCAUGUAACCCAGACAUGCUUUUAUCAAUAGAUCGACUCAUUCUCAGUAGUCACAGUACAGUACAUACAUAGGUAUAUGCUUUCUAUUUGUCACAGUGUUAUAAUACAGUAUGGAAUGGUUAAAAAAAAACUUUGCUCACAUGGUAUUGCAUUCUUCACUUGUGUAUAGUGUAUUCCCUUUUAUUGUGUUCAGAAAUGGAAUGAAGAGACCAAAGAAAGAUUAUUAUAAGAAAGUUAUGAAUGUCGCCCAAUGGAGAACAUGAAGAAUGUGUUGUUUAGUGUUUACGCUGCGAUGGUAUGCUUGUGCCAUUUAGAUGUGCGAAAGUGUGUGUGUUUGUUUGUGUACAUUUAGCCAUGUGAAUAUCGUUUGUGUUUGUGCACGUGCACGCUCACUCUCCCACAUGUCGACAUGAAGGUGCACGCGUGUGUAUGAAUGUGAUAGUGUGUGUGAGCCUGUAGGCAGCCUGCCAGUUGUUUGUUCUUGAAGAUAUGCAUAUGGAGAAACAGAGACUAGCAGCGGGGCUCCUCUGCCUCUGCUCUGAUGAAAGGCAGCACUGAUAGAAUGACCCGGAACACAACCGCCGUUUCUCAUAAUUACAGCUGUUCAAUCGCUUUUAAUUACUCUUAAAGUGUGUAGAGCACCACAUUCCCCUGUAAUGCUGCAGGCCAUCCGAGAGAGCUAGAGAAAGAUCCGGCACUUCUGACAAAAUCCACUUUCAAAACAGCUAAAAAGGGUGGAAAAGGGGGCCGACGUCAAAGCAGUGUAGCAGCCCUCCUCGUUUGAUUCCUUUCUCUAUCUAGUUCAUGAUGAAGUAGAGACGCUGUUUACUAUUAAAAAUGCAGAAUGCACUCCUUUUUUUACUUCUGAAGUUUUUUUUUCCAAGAUGUUAAUGGUUGCCAAACGCUGUUCUUCUUGCUUCUUCUUUUGCUGCGCCUCUCUUGUUUGUUGUUGUCAGAGAGAUUUGUUUGUAGAUCGGCAGUAGCGUUGACUUGUUUGAAUCACUCUGUGCUCCCUGCGCCACAGCUUGUCUGUCUGAAGCAAUAGGAAUGGCAGUAAAUAAAAAA